GAGCUCUAGGAUUCUGAUGUCUGCCAUGUGCAAAAAGCCAGUGCAGUGAUGCAGGCAACCCGUGGCCGUUUCUUGCCAAGUGAAAGUUAUAUUCUUGCAUCGCGGGGAUGUUUCACCAACACAUUGUUUUUGUUGAGCCAGAUGAAUCUGACUCGCUCGUGGCAGUUUCAGCCAACCAGUAUCUUCUCAUGCGGCAGGCAGACGUGGGGUCACCGACGCGGGAAGCUCCUGCAAUUCCGAGCGGCCCCGUCUGCCAGAGCCUCGGGCAAAGAGUUGUCGCCGAUGCCUCGCAAUCAUAUCCCUGCGCAAGCACAAGUGCUGAGAGGACUGGUGAGGCGUUGGAACCUGGGAGCCUUCUCAACACCUUCACAUCGGAGCUCCACCCUUCUGCUUCCGGGACCCUGCAGUAUGCCACGGGAGCCGAUGGGUCAACGUGGGAGGCUUGUUUAGCCCAAGCCUUCCGUGAUGAGUCCCAGUCUGAGAACCAGACGAGCUCCAGCCCCAGUGGGGAUUACACUGAGGAGGAGCACCCCGGUGCCAGUGCCCGGACUUACAACUCGCAGGAAGCUCACCUGAACGGCUCUUGCAAACCCUGCAGAUUCUUCCAACUCAGGAUGGCAGGGUGUCGCAAGGCGAGUAGCUGCAAGUUCUGCCAUUUCUGCACCAGGGAUAGUGCCAAGGAGGAGCGAAGGAGGUACAAGGCCCAACGGAGAAGAUACAAGCAAGCCCAGAAGCAGCAAGUUGCACAGCGCAAUUUCGGCCAAUUCGAUCAGGAAUAGUCUGAUACGGAUUUCGUGGCACUUCUGAUCGUUGAGCCGAAAAGACUUGCUGGAAUGACGAUUUCUCAGGUCUCGCCGUCUGCAACUGGUGCGAGAAACCACGCCUUUCACGCGCUCAUGCACUAAUAGUGUUCACUUGCAACAAAUGCGAAGUGAGCACUUCUGGCGGUCCUGACUUGCGGCUAUAUUUUGCCCACUG